UAAGAACCAUUUCAAAAUAGAGGGCGACAUGUCAAAACUGGUAAGCGGUGCGGCCAUCUUGUUACGAUUUCCGCAGAGAGCAAGAAGAAUGUCUGUUUCAACUUUCAGACCAGCAGUUGUCUCACUUUCGAGACGUUGGUUCUCUGCUCAAGCUGCAACACAAGCCAGGCAAGCAGAGGCAGAAAAACAUGAAGUUCAGGUAACCAAACUUCCAAGCGGGCUGACUGUAGCCUCUCUGGAAAACAACUCUCCUGUCUCCAGGCUAGCGGUGAUCGUCAAGGCCGGCUCCAGAUAUGAGGGCAUUGACAACCUGGGUGCAUCACAUUGUUUGCGAGCAUUCGGUCACUUGACGACAAGCGGUGCUUCAGCCCUCAGCAUCACCCGCGGUUUAGAGGAGGUAGGAGGCUCGUUGGAAACAAGUACAACCAGGGAACAUGUCACAUACAGCGUCCAAUGCCUCAGAGACAAUCUAGACACCGGAAUGUUCUACCUCAAGAAUGUGUCCACCGGCCAGGAGUUCAGGCCAUGGGAAGUCAAAGACAACAACGAGAGAUUGCUCUUUGAUCUGGCUUGCUACAAGGAUCAGCUCCAACUCAAUGUGAUGGAGCAGCUCCACAGCGCAGCCUACAGGGACACUCUGGGCCAAUCUAUCUACGCGCCCGAGUACAUGGUGGGCAAACACAGCACCCAGAUGCUGAAGGACUUCGCCACCAGUCGCUUCACCGCCGACAACAUGGCUCUCGUCGGUGUCGGUGUUGAUCACAGUGACCUGAAGGCCUUUGGCGAGUCAUUUGAUCUUCAACGUGGUGACCCCUCAACUCCAGCUGCAAAGUAUUCAGGUGGUGAGCUGAGGAACCAGUGCGACAGCCCCCUGGCCUAUGCCGCCGUGGGCGUAGAGGGCGCCAAUCUGACCGGCAAGGACCUUCUGGUCACUGGCAUCCUUCACCAGCUGAUGGGCAGUGCACCGUACAUCAAGAGAGGAAGCAACCUGGCCACCUCCAAGGCUAGCCAGGCAGCCUCCAAGGCUUCUUCGCUCCCUCAUGCCGUGAACUGCUUCAAUCUGCCAUACUCAGACUCUGGUCUCUUUGGAUUCUUUGCCAUCACCCAGCCCAAUGAUAUGGCUCCUGUGCUCAAAUCCCUCUUGGGACAGUUUGGAGCCAUGACCAAGGGAAACGUUGGUGCCCAGGACCUCCAGAGAGCAAAGAACCAACUGAAGGCCGCUGUCUUCAUGAACCUUGAGAACCAAGGUGCUCUCCUUGAAGACAUGGCUGUCCAGGCCCUACAUUCUGGAUCCUACGUCAACGCUGCUGCUGUUGCCAAGGCUGUCGAUGGUAUCACUGCUGAGGAUGUAUCGAGGGUCGCCAAGCGUAUCUUCAACGGCAAGAGCUCGAUGGCAGCCAGCGGCAACCUCAUCAACACCCCCUACAUGGACCAGCUUCUGACGUCAUGAGUGCACCCUCUAUCAUAGAAUAAAUUAUAGUUAGAUGUACAGGAGUUCCUUGUUUUGUGUCUAUCAGAGAUAUGAAUUUGAAGAGUUAUUCUAUUUGAAAGUGAUGUGAAAGGAAACCAAGUUGACGAAACUGAAAGACUUUGGGAAUCAUAAUUUCUUCCCCCAAUCCCCAAUGAUUGCAUAUUUUAGUAACAAAAGAACACACAACAAUACCUACAUUUUAAGUAUUUGUGUCAGCAUUCUAUCAAAAUUGAAACACGUGUCAUGAAAUAAAGAUAUGUAUUUGCUCUGAAGAUUUAGCAGAAUUUGAAUACUACCCUGUAUAUGCAUACACAUGUGCUGCAUGUACAUGCAUAAACACUGUACUCCUUGCACAUGCAUGGGCUCGUACUUUGGUACGAGGUAGUGAUGGGAAUCAUAACAAUUUGGCAAUGUUUGCUUUUUUCUGGCAAUAAUUGACAAUGCUGAUUUGAUAAAUUCUUAGAAAAAAUGGCAUUAUCUCUCACCUUCAUGUUUUUCUUAAGGAGACAGCAUUAAAGAGAGAGAAUAUGGGGAUGUUUGUUCAAUACAUGCAACUUGAAAUACUAGUAAUAUAUAUGUGUGUAUAUUUCAGAAUGUGUAAUAUUGAACCAAAAAUACAUCCUUUGAAAAAUAUUAGAAGCCAAGAAACAGGUCAUCCUUGAAAUGUUUCCAUUAUUUGUCUUGUUCAACUGCUACUACAAGGAGUCAACUGACAAAAUAAAAUGAAAAAGUUACUUGAGA